UUUAUUCGACUUUCGUAACUUGUGAAAAUUGUCAUGCUUACAUUGAAAAUUUUGUGUUGUAGUUUUUAAAUAUUUCGUGUUUUACUUAACGGUGAGAAUCAAUUCAAUUUGUUAAUAAAAGUAAAUUUUACUAAUAUAGCUACAAAAUGGCACUGAUAACGGCUUAUUGGGGCCUGGAUGGCAUGAUCAUUCUUAUGACUCUCAUAAUAACUGCCUACCUUUACAUGACACGCAAAUUCAAGUACUGGAAGAAACGAGGCAUUUUAGAAAUAACACCAAUACCUUUCUUUGGCAAUUUUAAGGAGUGUCUACUCCAGAAGAAAGCUCCGGCAUAUUUCCUAAAGGAUAUCUACGAUGAAAUGAAGGAUCUACCCUAUGUGGGCUUCUAUGUGUUGGACAAACCCUUCCUGCUGGUUCGCAAUCGAGAACUCGUCAAGAAUAUUUUAGUGAAAGAUUUCAGUUACUUCUCUGAUCGAUACAAUACGGCCGAUCCGAUCGAUCGCAUAGGUUAUGCAAAUCUCUUUUUUAUAAGGAAUCCAGCCUGGAAAGUAAUAAGAACAAAACUUACACCAUUCUUCACAUCUGGAAAAAUGAAGAAAAUGUUUGAUUUGAUGUUAAUAUGUGUAAAGAAUUUAGAUGAAUACCUCGAUGCACUAGAAUUGGAAGGAAAUGGAAAGACAAUAGAAGUAAGAGAGUUAACCGCCAAAUUUGCUACGGAUAUAAUCGGAAGCACCGCUUACGGACUUGAUGUGAAUUCGUUCAAAGAUCCAAACGCAGAAUUCCGCAAAUACGGCAAGAUGAUAUUUCAGUAUGAUACAUAUCGCGCAUUUGAGAUGCUCGCAAUAUUUUUCCUUCCAACUCUAGUCCGUUUGACGCGAAUAAAGAUGUUUGGCAAAGAGCCCACUGAUUUUAUGCGCAAAGUUUUUUGGGAGACACUAACUCAACGUAUGAAAUCUGGUUUGAAGAGGAACGAUCUCGUCGAUAUUCUUCUCGAAUUAAAAAAUAAUAAUAAUGAUAACGAUCUUAAAGAUUUCACAUUCGAUGGUGAUGAUCUUUUGGCACAAGCAGCCAGUUUCUUCUCAGCUGGUUUUGAAACCUCUUCAACGACCACGACGUUCGCGUUGUAUGAACUCGCGAUGCAACCUGAAAUACAGAACGCUCUGCGAAAAGAAAUUUUCGAGGCACUUGAGAAAUCUAAUGGAAAAAUUACAUACGAUAUGGUAUGGUCAUUGCCAUAUCUCGAUAUGGUGAUGUCAGAAACAUUGAGAAUGUACCCGCCAUUGGGAUAUAUAAAUCGCAUGGCUAAUCAGACUUACAAAGUGCCUGAGUUCAAUCUCGUAAUUGAAAAAGGUACACCAUGUUACAUUUCGAUGCUUGGCCUACAUUAUGAUCCAGAAUAUUUCCCCAAUCCCAAUAAAUUCGAUCCGGAACGAUUCAAUGAGGAGAACAAACGUAACAGACCAUCGUGUGUCUAUUUCCCAUUCGGAGAAGGUCCACAUGCAUGUAUAGGCAAUCGCUUCGGGCUCUUACAAACGAAGCUAACACUACUUAAGAUCUUGAGCAAAUGCGAGGUGACACUGUGCAAAGAAACUUUGGUACCAGUAGUAAUUGAUCCAAAAGGAGCCAUGACAGUGCCGUUAGACGGUGUAUUGCACCUCAAUUUUCGAAAAGUUAAUGCUAUUUAAAAUAAUUUACAGAAUUUUUUAUUUUAAACCAUAAAUGUAAAAUAUAUUCCUUUAUACUAAAUACGCGCUUUGAUAAGAAACUUGUA